AUGCUCUAUAGCCCUUGUAUCACAUCUUUCCGUAAAUCCAUCUCACCCGAAACACCCCCUGCAUUGCCUUCUACUACAACUUCUUUUCUUCUAUUUCAUGCGUCUUUUCCUGAACGGCAGUGCGUUGUUAUCCGGCCGCAGCUUGCUGUCAAAACACUCGUUAGCAUUCAGCCGGAUACGGUAGCCAGCGCAAACAGAGUGCUGCUCGUCGCUGAUUGGUGGAGAUGCGGCGGCUCCGCCCCGCCAAUGCUCCGCCCCUCAGCGCAUGGCCGAUUUUCGCAAACGGGAAGGAAACGGUUCCGGAAUGGACGCGAAGCCGGAAAACGCCGCAGUCAAAGCUGA